AUGAGAGAAGAGGAGGCAGCUGGCAGACGUAUCCUGUUAACGAGUGUUCACAGUAAUUGGGGGCCGUUCAAAGCCGUUCUGUAUUCCGAUUGGAUCAACUGUGACCACAACAAAACAUUUGAACUCUACGUCGGCGAAACGGACGUAUACUUUUACGAUUUUAAAAACAACUACAAUGCCAGUUAUAAAAUAGACGACGCCCUUAUGGGCCUAACGAGCUCAUACAAUCUGGAUGUGACACGGAAACUAAUAUUCUUCGUGCCCGGAUAUAAAUCCAACAUUAACAAGAAAACCGAGGAAUUAAUACGACAGACGUUCCGAGACGUACCGGACACUUAUCUAAUUAUAAUAGACCAUUCGGCGUACACAUCGGCCCAAGGCGGUAGGAGGGAGAGUUACGAGAGGUCGGUAACGUACGCGUAUUCUUUGGGAAAGAGGUUGGGUAAUUUACUAGCGGACAUCCGCAGCAAAGGAUAUCCGUCUAACAAGAUUCACUGCAUCGGGCACAGCUUGGGCGCACAGAUGCUUGGGUACGCCGGCACCACAUACACAAAUAGGACCACCGAGAAAAUCUGGCGGAUCACGGGCAUUGACCCCGCCGGGCCCUGCUUCUCGAACAGCUUCAUCGACGACCAGAUCAGGUCUGGCGUCGCGGAGUACGUCGAGGUGUACCAUUGCAACGCCGGCGGGUUGGGCACGACCGCCGUGCUCGCCGACGCCGAUUUCUUUCUGAACAAGGGCAGGAAACAGCCCGAUUGCCACGAGGGCUACAUACCCGCGUACGGGGAGUCCGAAGCGGCCAAGUGCAGCCACAAGGCCUGCGUGAAAUACUGGGCCGACACCGUCCCCCACCCCGGCUGGUAUCUGGCGUGGGCUUGCGACUCAUACAAGGCGUUCGCUAAAGGCAAGUGCGCCGCGAACGAAGUGACCAUCGCCGGUUACUCGAAUCCCGGCAACUCCACCGGCGUGUUUUACGUGUCGACGGACGCUUACGAGACUCAU